AUGAGCUGUUACAUAUGUUCACGUCCUCCUUCUAGUCAACAGCCGAAGCUAUACUGUCCGACUUGUGCUCGUAAUCGACUAUACAAGCGCCGAAUAGCGUAUGCUGAACUGUUACUCGACAAAGAAUCCCUAGAAAAACAGAUUUCUCAUACGGCAGCUGCUCGAACGGACGUCAAGGACCUUCCGGAAUGUCGUCAGAGAGAAAGUUUGGGCGACAACCCCUCAAAUAACUGGUGUCUAGAGUCUAUAAACAGCAGUAAAGCACGGUCGUCGGUGCAGAGGGCAGCUCUUCUUGACCAGAUCAGUGAAUUGAAGGAUGAGAUCAAGAACAAGAGAGCUUAUAUUUCUGGGCGCAAAUCGGAACUUGCACAGCGGCAAUCUGAUGCCGAAUCUGCGAGGUAUCAGCUCUCGGGACGAGAGUCUGCAAUAGCGACUGGUGUCCGGAACAAUAGCAAACGAACAGAGCAUCUUUGGCACGCGUUGCAUAAUAAGACAGCCGAAGCUCGAAUAUAUCUCUGCAGAGAGGCUGCUCGCCUCUAUGGGUUGCGGCAAAAGGUCAGGAGGAGGAAUGGCGAACCUAAAGAAACAUAUGUCAUUGGCGGAGUGCCUAUCUUCGAUCUUAGAGAAAUCAAUGGAAAGUCAUCACACUGGACCCUUAUGAAAAAUAGCGCAACACCGGCCCAAAUCUCGACGGUCUUCUCCAACAUUGCUCACCUCCUCGUCCUAGUUUCCCAUUACCUGUCCCUCAGGCUUCCUGCGGAGAUAAUACUUCCUCAUCGGGACCACCCGACACCCACGAUAUUUGGGCUUGCUGGAUCUUAUCUACCCCAUGAAUCGUCAUCUCAGCCCACGCUUUCAAGCUCACAGAAUCUGGACUCCAAAUCUCAUAAACACCGCCCUCGGCCACUGUAUAUUGAUAAAAGUCUUUCAAAAUUAGCCAAGGAAGAUACUGCAAAUUAUACCCUUUUUCUAGAGGGUGCCACGCUGCUGGCUUGGAAUUUAUCUUGGUUAUGUCGGACCCAAGGGUUGAGCUUGGCCUCGGACUCUUGGGAAGACGUUUGCGAUAUUGGGAAGAACAUGUGGCAGCUGCUUGUUGCGCCCCCUGCUCCCGAAGCUGCCCUCGCGCGGGCAGUGGCCGGCCGCGAUGUCCAAACCAGAGUCUCUUCGACUAGGGAAUCCCCGAAAACCACAAUUAAUCGAACGAAAUCCUUUGCUAUGCUUGGCCACUAUUCCCAUGGCACCGUACACUCGUUCCUCGGGGCCCAUGAAGGAACAGAGUUUAUACGGACCUGGAAGUUGCCGAGUCCCACAAGGGUGAUUGAUAAGCUAAAGUCAACUCUCCUCGGGGAACUAGCUAGCGCAGAGUGGGAAUUGCUGGAAACGAAGGAGUGGAAGGAUGAGAUCUCGGAACCGCAUCAACCUCCCCUCCCACUACAGGUUUCUCCUGAAUCACAACCGGCGUCUGACUUGGAACGAGGGUCGGAGCUUCCUGGGUCUCCAGCAUCGACACGAGAGAUUCGGCCUGAGGCUAAGAAUAGGGAUCCUAACAGGGCGCUGGGAGAUAAUAGUACCAGUCGACCGAAAGGCGUCAAUGGCUGGACUAAGCUCAAAAGUCGGCAAUGA